AAUGAAAAAUUUAAGAAGUUGUUUAUAAUCAGAAUAGGCUUAUAAGGAAAUAAGAGAAUAUAAGGAGAAUAUUGAAGAUGAGUAAAUAUAUUAUUAAUCAUUGUAGUAAUACUUUAAGAUAUGUGUUGGAGACAGUAGAAGAAAUAAUGUAUAGUAAAUAAUCUGAACCUAUAGAGAUGGUUUUAGGAAUGAGAGUAAAUUUAUUGGUAUGAUUUAGCUGAUCAGUUAAUAAAAGAACUAAUGGAUCUACAUUAUGAGUGUGUAUUGGAUGGAGUAACAAAGAAUUUAAUAUUUAUGAUUGAGGAGAUCAUUAAAAGGGAUUCUAAGAAGAGAGAGAGAGGGAAAUAUUAUUUCAGUGAGAAUCCAGGUAGUUUAAUGUAGAGAAUUAGAUUAAAAAUUGAUGAUUUUGGGGAAUACUCUAGUGAGAUUAUCAUUGGAAAGUAUAUUUGUUUGGAAUUUAUGGCAUCCACAUAAUGCAGUGAUCAAUUAAAUGUAUGGAGAGAUCUAUGACUUAGAUAUUUAAGAUUGAAGGAGAGUGGAGUAGAGUUCCCUAAGUUACACUAUUUUAAUGCUUAGAAAGUCAAAGAGUAUUAUAUGGUAGUCAAAGAAAGUUCAAAGAAUGGAAGUUUAUAUAGAUAAUAAUCAUCAAUGCUUAAUGAAUAAUGUUUUGAUUAAUUAAAAAAGGUCAUUGAGAAAAGUUAAUUUAAUAAUGGGAAAUUACAUGAGAUUAAUGAAGAAUUAAAAUGUAAAUACUGAACUAAUUAUAGAGAUAAAAAUUGUUAAUGAAAAUCAGAAAGUUUUUAUAGAGAACUUUGAUAAAGCUUAUUAAGAUUAUUUAGUUAAUAAAUAAUUGGAGUAAUUUAAUAAUUAAAUUCAUUCAAUGUAAAUGUGUAAAUUAAGUUAAGUUGUUUAGAAUAUGAUGAAUUCCAAAGUUAUUAAAAUAAAAAUAAUCAAUUAUGCAGUUAUUCUACAGAUAAAUAAAGUAAUCAUAUCUCAAGAACUGUUAGUGUAAUUUCUAUUUAUAUUUAUUAUAGUAUUAAAAUUCUCAACAUAAAAAUAAUUAAUCUAUUGAAAAAUUACUUUAAGAAAAUGAUAUAAUAUAAGCUUAAAUUCAGAGUUUUGAAAUACCAAAAGCUUCUACUAAAAAUCAAGAUUAAUAUUAAUGAGUAUAUUCUAUAUUAUUAUUAAUUUUCUACAAUUAUUUAUGAUUAGUGAAUCCAUGUCAUUUGAAAAAGAAAUGGAAAUUAAAAAAAAAAGAGAAUCUAGAAGAGAAAGAUCUAAAUUUGAAGAUAUUUAGUAUUAAUUUUAAUUAUAUCUUUAGAGAAGAGAAUGAAUCUUAGAAAAUGACAUGUUAUGAAAGUAUAUUAAAUUGUAUGGGUUCAUGUUUUGGAACAUUAAGAGCAUGGAUUCCAUGUUGUUUUUGUUGUUGUCCUUAUCCAUAUUAUCUUGUUACUCAAGGUUAAAAAGGUUUACUACAAAAAUUUGGUAAAUAUGUAAAAACUUUAGAUUCUGGCCUUCAUGAAAUAAAUCCGUAUUUUAUUUAUUCAUUAUUCUUAGAUUUACUGAGAGAGUUAUACCUGUCAGUACUAAAACAUUGUAUAAUACUCAUAUUAUAUUUCAGUAUCAUAGAUUUAGAAAGAUAACUUGUCUUAACUAAAGAUAAUAUAACUGUCAAUAUAGACACUAUUGUUUAUUAUAGAGUUGUAGAUGUAAUGAAAUCAGCAUAUAGAGUUAAAAUGAUUGUUGAAGCAAUCAAAGAAAUCACUUAUGCUGUAAAUAUACAUCACUCUAUUUCUAUAGACUUUACGUACCAUUUGUGGAGAACACACUUUAUAAGAAAUUAUAGAAAAUAGAUAGAAAAUAGCUGAUGAAAUUGAAGGAUUCAUUUUUGAUGUUGUUUCUGAAUGGGGUAAUCAUUUCUUAUUAUUAAGGUAUUUAUUUGGAACAUAUUUUCAUUAAGGAUAUGUUAAUGAAUGAAGAAUUAUAAAGUUCAUUAUCUAAUGCACCAAAAGCAUAAAGACUUGCAUAAUCUAAAAUUAUUUCAGCUUAAGUAAAUAUAAUAAUACAUUUAUAGAGUGAUGUCUCUGCUGCAAAAUUAUUAAGAGAAGCUGCUGAUAUGUUAGACUCUAGAGCUGCCAUGUAGAUUAGAUAUUUUGAAACUGUUUAAUUAAUUGCUAAGAAUCAUAAUCCAAAAAUACUUUUUCUAUCUAUGGAUUAAUAAAAUCAAAAAAAAUGA